UUGUUGUUAGUAACGUCUGUCUACAUCAGCAAAGUGGGUCUUCUGUUUAGGAUGCUGGACGUGCAAGAAAGGAGAAUUGCCCCUUAUCCCAGCCUCGCCGAAGACGAAUUCCAUGCGCAAAAGAUAUUCUUCUUCACUAAUCCGGGACUAUGGCUCACGCUAUGGAGCGUCGAAUUCUCCCUGUUAGCCUUCUACAAGAGAAUCAUGGCUGGCAUCAAGUCGUACGAAAAUUGUUGGUGGGCAGUCCUAUGUUAUUGUGUGAUUUCUUUUAUUGUAGUGAUUGUCUUGCAUAUCACUGCUUGUGGACCAAGUCCUUCAUUCUGGUUUGAUCAAGAUGGCUGUGGCGCUGAUGAUGGUCGGCGGCCCUUGAUCAGUUUUCGGGCAGGCUUCACAUCCGACCUUACAACAGAUAUUAUGAUCAUGAUCCUUUCCAUUGGUGUCAUAAGAAAUCUCCGUAUACCAUUGAUGCGCAAGUUGCAAAUAUGCACUCUGCUUGGGCUGGGUCUCUUGGUCGUCAUUGCCAGUAUCGUCCGUAUGAUUCAGGUCGGCACAACUAUCAGCCCAAAAAGAAUGACGUCGGUCGGGACGUGGCUUGCGUUGUGGAGCAUAGUCGAAUCGUCUGUUGUUGUUAUCGUCGGCUGUGGUCCAGGACUAUAUCGAAAGGCGAAGUCCGUCUCCAGCAACACUCCAUCAUACGCAUACAAUAGCCGCGGUUACAUCAGAACGUCGGACAGCAGAAAGGCAAACGCUGAAAAACACCCAGAAGAGCUGUACGGACUAACAAUAAAGACGGAAAUUUCUGGCCGUUCUAGUGAAGGAAGUAAGGAGGAUCUGAUAGAGAAUCAUGGGGCUGGCAAGAUCACAGUAACAAAAUCGGUUAUAGCUGAUUGA